GACGAGCAUCAAUCUCCAUCCGUCAACACGGGAAGGAACAACAUACGGUUAAUAUUUUUAUUUUUUAGAGCCUUCAGGGGUGAAAUGUUGACUCUAUAGUCCUGACAGAGACUUAACCUGCGCCAGGAAGAGCUCAGCCUGAUUUAUUCCGCCACAGAGACCCACUCCCUCUCCUCCAUGUGGAUAUUUGACAACUUUGGAUCGGGUCUUUGACAUUUGACUGGAUUGUUUUUGGGAACGGAACCGAGACGAGGAUCAGGACCAGGAUCAGGACCAGGACCAGGCCUACAGCGGGGAUCGGAGCUCCUAACACCGGCAGAGCAGCUCGCCUGUGCCCGUCCAGCCUCCCAGCAUGAUGUCUUAUCUGAAACAGGCCCCGUACGGCAUGAACGCGCUGGGCCUGAGCGGGGCCACCAUGGACCUGCUGCACCCGUCUGUGGGCUACCCGGGUAACCCUCGGAAGCAGCGUCGCGAGCGCACCACUUUUACGCGCACGCAGCUGGACAUCCUGGAGUCUCUCUUCGCCAAAACGCGCUACCCGGACAUCUUCAUGAGGGAGGAGGUGGCUCUGAAGAUCAACCUGCCCGAGUCCCGAGUCCAGGUUUGGUUUAAGAACCGACGAGCGAAGUGUCGGCAACAGCAGCAGAGCAGCAGCAGCAGCGCCGCCAAAGUCAAACCCAUGAAGAAGAAGUCCUCCCCUACCAGAGAGAGCACGGGCUCCGAGAGCAGCGGUCAGUUCACGCCGCCGGCCGUGUCCAGCUCCUCCUCCUCCGCCUCCUCCUCUUCAUCCUCCUCGUCGUCCUCCUCCAUCUCCUCGGGCCUCGGCGGCCCUGGUCUGCUCAGCACAUCUACCUCUGUCACCGCCCCGGUGUCGUCCAUAUGGAGCCCGGCGCCCAUCUCCCCAGCACCGGCACCGCCCACGCUAGCUGACCCCGCUGCUCCCACCAGCGCCUCCUGCAUGCAGCGCUCUGUUUCGUCUUCCACCGGUAGUGGGACAUCAUCCUACCCGGUGUCCUACAGCCAGACGGCGGCGGCUUACAGCCAGGGUUACCCAACCUCAGCGUCAGGCUCCUACUUUGGUGGGGUGGAGUGCGGCUCAUACCUGGCGCCAAUGCACUCCCAUCACCACCCACACCAUCCGCACCAGCUGAGCCCCAUGACGGGCGGCUCCAUGUCGGGACACCCGCACCACCACAUCGCUCAGACGUCAGGACACCACCACCAUCAUCACCACCACCCGACGCACCACCACCAGGCGUACAGUGCGCCCGGCCUCGCCUUCAACUCCUCUGAGUGUCUGGAUUACAAAGAGCAGACAGCGGCAUCAGCGUGGAAACUCAACUUCAACACCGCCGACUGUUUGGACUACAAAGACCAAGCGUCAUGGCGCUUCCAAGUGCUGUGACUUCCUGUUUGUCUUCUUCUCUGCUUAAAAAGAAGUUUGUUUUUGUUGUUGGUGGUUUCUUUUUGGAGAUUCUUUAACCGUAGAGACGCUUAAACAAAGUUUUAUCUGUGAACAGACACAAACAACCCGUCCAGGAUUAUUUUUCUACUCCAGAACUUUCCAGAAGCCAACAUGUUUUCACCUUUUGAACACCUGUGAGCGUUAAACUUCAGGGGAACAUGCAGGGCUGUGCAGUUUGGAUCCUUUCAGUAAUCUAUAGCUCAUACUCCCACAGCGGCCACGCUCCUGUGGCAUCACACUCAGGGUGGGAACCUUUAGUAAUUUAAGAUCAAAGACAAUGUGAUGAAAAUUCACAGAGUUUGGACCACAUUUCAGAUCAACAAAUGUGUCCGAUAACCUGUUAGCUACCCUUAGAUUGAAGCUAACGCUGACUGUCCAUAGUUGGCAACUUUCCAAAAUUUGGCAAAAAUAAGGGGGAAAAAACCCCAAACAUCUUCAGCUUGCUGAACAUUCUGUUCUCCACCUUUGAUGAUGUCAUCCUUUAAAGUUUAUAAAACAUUCCAUCCUCUGCCUUUGAUUAUGUCAUCCU